UUUGGUUUAUCACGAACUGGACAAAAACUGCUCUUUUAUUUGGAUGUUGAAGGAAUUUAGUCAAACAACGCCGCCUGAAUAACACCUUUUGCACUAAUGAGUGCCUAAAGCAGCGAGCUGACCAUAAUACGCUCUUUGCAGACAAAGAUAAUUAAACACACAUCAUUGCUGAUUGUUGGCCAUGGAAGUGGUCAACAGUAUGACGGCAGAUUCUACAGCUACAGCCCAACAGAGAGCCAUGCAUACGCCCCCGCCCUCGAAUGUAGUGACGGACAACGCAGUGGGUUCCCAGAGCGAGUCAUCCGAGGAGGAAGAAUACCUGGACAAUAGUGUGGAGUUGCGUGGCUAUUUAAGCAAAUGGACAAAUUACAUUUAUGGCUGGCAGCCACGUUAUAUUGUGCUCAAGGAUGGUACGCUCUCGUACUACAAAUCAGAAUCGGAAUCGGACUUUGGAUGUCGUGGAGCCAUUAGCCUGACCAAAGCAACAAUCAAGGCACACGAGUCCGAUGAACUGCGUUUCGAUGUGGUGGUCAACAAUCUGAACAAUUGGUGUCUGCGCGCCGAGACCAGUGAGGACCGCAUGCACUGGGUGGAAGUGCUGCAGCUCUACAAAGAGGACACAGGCAGUACGGAUACGACCUCAUUGCGUCGCCAUGGAAGCACCAUGUCUCUGCAGUCCAACACCAUCUCGUUGGCCAGCGGUGGAAGUCUGAAGAAGACGCAACGCAACCUGCGCGAGAAAGUUGGCGAGCUGGAGACAUUCAAAGAUAUACUAUUUGGCCAAAUCGAGACUCUACAGCGCUACUUUGAUGCCUGCUCGGAGAUCAACAAAAGCAAUUCCACUCCCCUGGAUCUCGGCGAUGGUCUAAAGGCCAUUGAUUUUAAGGGCGAGUCCAUCACGUUUCGCGCCACAACUUCUGGCGUAUUGAGCACAUUACAGCAUUGCCUUGAAAUCAUUGCUGAGAGCGAUGAGUCAUGGAAACGAAAACUGGAGCGUGAAAUUGACAAACGUCGGCGGGCUGAGGAACAGAAUAAAAAGUUCAAAGAAGAAAUUGAAAAGCUGAAACGUUUAUCUUAUCCAGGGCCCGACUUCGAGGAGGGCCCACAUUCCACAUUGCCGGAGGAUGAAUUCUUCGAUGCAGUCGAGACGGGUCUGGAGAAAAUCGAGGAGGAUAUGCAGUUGCGCUUUAAACUGAAGCUGCAGUCACAAAUUUCACAGUCGUUGGUCAAUGUGCCGCAUGAGGCGGUUGCCGAGGGGGAGGAGGCGCGAGAGGAGUUUGGCACGGGUGCCGAGGCCAAAACCCACGCUCUGUGGCCCGAGAUUGAUCGCGUGUGCAAAGAGCAGCUUCAUUAUGCGCGCGAAGGCGUCGGUCAGGAUGGCAAUGGAUGGCAAAUAUUUGCCGACGAGGGCGAAAUCAAAAUGUACAAACGCGAGGAGGAGGUGAAUGGGAUGGUAAUGGAUCCCCUGAAGGCCUAUCAUACAGUUCAGGGCGUAACGGCGCGUGAAAUGUGUCAUUAUUUCUUUAUGCCCGAGUUUCGCAACGAUUGGGAGACUACACUAGAGGAUUGCACGAUCCUGGAGAAAAUUUCAGCGGACACGCUGCUCUUCUUACAGACACACAAACGCAUUUGGCCAGCCAGCCAACGUGAUGCACAAUUCUGGUCGCAUAUGCGCAAAAUAAAUGAUGGUCUGGAGCCGGGGGCCACGGACACGUGGAUUGUGUGCAACAAUUCAACCGAAUAUGCCAAGCAGCAGUCGAAGAAUGGCAAAUGCGUGCGCAUUUUCUUGACAGUCAUACUAGCCUGCCAAACACAUUUGCCCGAGGGGUAUGUCAAAGGUCAACCCUUGAAUCGUGAUGAUUUAACCUGCAAAAUAACUUACUGUUCUGUGGUUAAUCCCGGUGGCUGGGCACCUGCGAGUGCUCUGCGUGCUGUAUAUAAACGCGAGUACCCCAAGUUCCUGAAACGUUUCACCGGCUAUGUGAUAGAUCAGUGCAAGGAUAAGCCCAUUAUGUUCUGAUAUUUGUCAUAGAAGCCACUAAGCAAUCAAAACCCGAAAACCACAACAGCAAAUUCUUUUAAUAUACUAUAACGCUAUGUAUUAGGUUAAAGGAUUCGUAUUCUAAGACGCUUAACUUUAAAAAGCACACGCCCCAGUCCGGUGGCUUGGCAAACAAACACACAAAACAGAGAAAACAGAAAUGGAAGGAACGAAAAACACGCUUUUCCCCUUUUUCAAGUCCCAUUUUUAUACUUGUUAACCAUUACGUUUUAGUGGUAGAACUAAAAAAAGAAAACACUCUAUGUCGUAUAAGUGAAAUGUUAGAAAUAUUAGAUAUUCCUUUUGUAAACAACUAAAUAAUGUAAUCUUGUCUACUUUAAGUGAUUUACUAGAACCUAUGGAUGUGUGCAAGUGGCUGCAAAACACAAUCAUUGUAUAAGGCUUAGUUUUCAAAUUUCAAAUCUAAACAUUUUGUGUAAAUGCAAAACUUGAAAUGCUUUAAAUGCAACAAUUGCAAACUGCUAUUUGUAAUGUUUAUUGUGUAAGUGAAGUGCACUAAGUUGAUUAUUUUUGGUCCCCUUAAGCUAAUUGGAAUUGGCCAAUAGUCUGUAUAUGUAUCCUUAACUUUGUACGAUUACUUGUUUUUCACUAAUAAAACUGAUAUGUAAAUAAAAUACAAAAUAAAAAAGGAUUUAUUGUAAUGAAA